AGUGCGCGGCGUGCGUGUGCGUGUCUGGCUGAUCCGUGAAUGGGGCGCUGCUUUUGGCUCUCGGUCUCGGUUUGGCAGUGACACCGCUGGGGGACGAUGCCUUGUUGAAAAGGGGGGGACAGGCCCCGGGGAGAUAACGGCCAUCCCUUUGCACCUAAUCGCAGCUCCGAAACUUUGGACAAAAAUAACCUGGAUUGGAGGACUUCUUACACGCAAUAUACAUUCAGCUUUUUUUCCCCUCAAGAAACGAAACGUGACUUAAUAUAGCUGCUGACCUCCACGAUUGCUUGCCGAGUCUGCCAGCGAGAUACAUGGAUAUAAAUUGUGGGAGGCGCCUGAGAGCGACCCGAGCACACAAUGCAGGACAUCUGAUGGAAACGGACGUGUAGUUUUCGCCUUAUUUGCUUUUGCACGGGAAGCCGCAAAACCGGCGCCCGGUUCGGACCUGUGCUCAUCCUCCGUGCGCGUUUUGCGGCUCAUCUGUAACUUGCGGCUUCUGUCUAUUAUUCGGCGUGAUCUGAAUCAAUGAAGGCUGGCACCGGUUCAGCUAGGAAGCUACCUCGCUAGUUUUGAUAACUAAUUAGUAUCCUUUUUUCUUCUUGUCCUUUGAAAUAUGUGUUGUUGGGAGACUUUACUGUAUCCCUAAAAUAGCCCGCUAUUGCUUUGUUUCACAGAACUAGCUAGCGAAGUACAGGUACACAGUUUUGCGAGCUGCAUUUUAUAAAAACCCAUUUGGUUAGUGAAAAUAGACUUUAGGGUUAAUAGUUUCCGAUACGGUCUCUAAAACAGUUUUGUUCAUUUUUAGUGUUCAAGUCACUGUUUUGAACAAGAACAUUGUUUUGUUUUUAACUUAGGCUACCUUUUUGGGGUUUUGCAGGGAGUGUUAAACGAAAAGAAAGUUUUACAAGGUUUGAUGAUUGAACAACUAUGAGCAGUGUGUGAAUCUUCCUAGCGAUUUUUUCCCCGUUAUUGACAUUUUAAGGUUAACUGGAGCCCGGCUUUUACUCGAAGGCCAAUUUCUUUGUGGAGUAAAAUAUUGAAUACCCAUGAACAUACGGAGGUCAAACCCCAUAAAUAUAACGCGUUAUGGGAGAACGAGGCAUAAAUCUCACGACUUUGACGAUUUGUCUUCUCUGAGGACUACGGAAUCGGUGCAAAGUUUCAGCCCAAAUUUAGGAUCCCCAACUCCUCCAGAGACACCCAGUACUUCUUACUGCAUUUCUUCCAUUGGAAAAUACUUAUUGCUGGAGCCGCUCGAGGGGGACCACAUUUUCAGAGCUGCCUACAUACAUAGCGGAGAAGAGCUCAUUUGUAAGGUGUUUGAUAUCACGCGCUAUCAGGAGUCGCUAGCGGCCUACUUCUGCUUGUCCGCACACGAGAACAUCAACCAGAUAGUGGAGAUCCUCCUGGGCGACUCCCGGGCCUACGUGUUCUUCAGGAAGAGCCAUGGGGACAUGCACUCCUUCGUCCGCACCUGCCGAAGGUUGCAGGAGGCCGAGGCUUCCAGACUCUUCUAUCAGAUAGCCUCGGCCGUCGCCCAUUGCCAUGACAACGGACUCGUGCUCCGAGACCUGAAGCUGAGGAAAUUCAUCUUCCCGAGUGAGGACAGGAGUCUCAUCAAACUGGAGAGCCUGGAGGACGCCUACAUCCUGCAGGGGGAGGAUGACUCGCUGUCAGAUAAGCACGGCUGCCCGGCCUACGUCAGCCCGGAGAUCCUCAACACCACGGGCAGCUACUCCGGCAAGGCGGCUGAUGUGUGGAGUUUGGGAGUCAUGCUCUACACCAUCUUGGUGGGCCGCUACCCCUUCCACGACGUGGAGCCCAGCUCACUCUUCAGCAAGAUCCGCCGUGGGCAGUUCAGCAUUCCGGAAAGCCUCACGCCUAAAGCCAGGUGCCUGAUUCGGAGCAUCCUGCGCAGGGAGCCUGCUGAGAGGCUCACGUCCAGGGAAAUCCUCGACCACCCUUGGUUCUCCUCCAGCAUCCGUUCCACGGUCUUGGGACAAGGCAAGCAAGACAAGGAGACGUCGGAUCAGGUCGUCCCCGAUGUCAAUAUGGAGGAGGAUUUGGACAAAUUCUUUAUCUGAGCAGCCAGAGAUGGGAUCUGCUCUUAAAAUGUGCAAAAAAUGGAACAAAAAAACAAGUGUCCCAAACCCAGACAUAGACUGGUCUGCUGUCAGGUUCCAGCAGUGUCAGCCAGUCUCUAUACCCCCCAGAAGCCCCCGUAUGUGUGAAAUGCCCUCACAGUGUAGCAGAUGCUCAGAAGUGGUGCUUUCGGGUUUGGUCAAUGACCCGUUAAAGAAUCCGUUUCCGGUCGAAGGACACAAUUGCAAUUCAGUGAGCUACUCCAAAAUCAAUCCCCCCCCCCAACUGCUGUAAUUUUUGAUUGUUAUGCGACCCCAUCUUUUAUACACUUGGACAUGGAACAAUAUGGAUGAGAACAAACAGCUUUUUGUUAGUAUCCUAAAUAAUAUAUUUAACUUUUUACCCCUUUUAUUUAAUCCUCCUCCCCCCCAAAGAAAAUUAGGCACCUCUUAUUUGUUCGGUUAAGCUAAUAGCAAGGCUGUUCUACGCCCCUCCUCUGUUCCAGUUUAUUUAAAAUCCGCUUCCAGAUCAGGUUAUUGUGCACUAUUUGUAAAGGUCUACAUGUGUAAAUGUAUCCCGUGUUCACUCGGUAGCUAACACAGGAAACACACAUGCCUAACUCCUAGUUUAUUGGCACCAAACCUCCCCCAAUUUUACCAUUUAAGUGCUUUAUUUAAUAAAUUGCAGUGUUUUGUUUUCAGAGAGUCACUUUGUUUAAUAUAUAUAUAUAUAUAUAUAUCUGUUACGUACAUGGACACGGGGCAGGUCUAACAGCAAGACCUGUCUUACGUUUAGAAUAAUCAAUUUGACUCGCGCCAGUGUUUGCAUCACCACUGCUUUGUGAUGACUUUCCACGUCGUUUUAAUUCCUUUUGCCCAGAAAUCGUAGUUGUAGAAGAUGCUACUAUGACUAGUUUCCAGUAUGUAGUUUACUAAGCCUGAACAGGCUGUGCGACGCCUGUGUUCUGGAUGCAUAGAAUUGGAUAUUUCGUGCUAAACUUUACUUGAAUAUGUGUUUUAUAGAUUGUGGCAUAUGCCCUACGGAUGCUAUAGCCAGCUAGAGGCUGAGUGUGUGUUGGUCGUUUGUAGAAGUUUGACUUGCACAAAAAUGUUCUGAUGGCAAUAGGAAAAAUGAUUGGUUCUCUCUCUUGACCAAUCAGAUUGUAGAUAAGGUAGGUUCAAGCAACUAGAGGAAGUGGGACCAACCAGUCAGACGACAUGGCCCCACCUGCUCUACAAUCUGAUUGGUAUCUGUGAACCAAUAAUUUUUCCUUCUGCCUUCAGAACAUUUUUGUGUAAGCAAGACUCCCACAAGCUGGUUGGACGCUCAGUCUGUCUGUCCAUCAGUCUUUUCCACUUCCUGUAUUAUUUCUGUUUUAAAUUGUAAUUUUUUUUUUUACUCUUAAGUUGGUGCUGAUUUGGUGCUAAUGUCUAAGGAGCCUUUUUCCUUUUUUUCCCAGGAGGGGUUCCUGAAUUAUGUGCAUGAUGAGUUCUCAUUGCCUCUGCCGUCGAUUUUGUCAUGUAUCUGGUUCGAUGUCUUGUCUAAAUUUACUCCUUAAAUAAACCUUGAACUCCAUA